AUGACUCGCCCUCAGAGCUCCCCGAUCCUUGCGCAGCUGCGUGGCGCAAAGACAUUUUCGGAACAGACAGCUGCUCUUCGGGCGCUCAAGAAUGAAAUCGUGGGCCAUGUCCAGAGGAAGGAGGAAUGGGUGGCUGUGGGCGUUCUAGAACCCAUCGUGAGGACCCUGGCGGCCACCAGAUCCCCUUUGAGAGCCAACGGCAGAGACACGCGACAGCCAGCCGCCACGCGCACGCUCUCCGACGAAGAGAGCGUCAAGUUACAAGCUCUGCAGCUUAUAGGCAGCUUCGCAAUGGGCGGUCCUGCUUUCCUGCCGCCACUCAACGCGGCCAUGGCGCUCCCGGCGAUUCUCAACAACAUUUCCCCUGCUUCCGCUCCGACUCAAAUCAUUAUCGCUGCCCUCCAGGCUAUCAACACCAUUGCUGAUGCAGCUUCGCUAGCAUCACCAUCCUGCACCUUCAACCUCGAAGCCAUUGCCAAUCAAGUCUUCACACCACAGCACAUCGAGUCGUUGAGCAUCAUGUUAGCUUCGUCGACUACGCAGGAGUUGCCUUCACCCAUCGCCAGACGGAACAGUCUCGCUACUGCGAUCAUAUCUCGUCUGUGUUGUGAGGAGCGUCACCAACAGGCGCUUGCGGCGGGUGGUGUGUUGGACUUGCUGGCUACGCAACUGGGUAGCAUCGCUGUCCGUGAUGGUUUUGUCGUGCCUGAUGCGGUUCUAGCGGCAGGUACAGAUGCAGUCUAUCAAGCAUUACCAACGCCCGCACACCGGAGCGCUGAGAUUGGACCGGUUUUGGAGGCUAUCGGUGCCGUUAUUGGAGACUCGAAGUACCGUGCAACUUGCUUGGUAAAUUCGCCUUCAAUCUUGGCUGUCUUCCCCUCAAUAAAGGCCCGCCGCGUUCCCAACGUUGAAGUGGACAGAACUCAAGGGUCGGAUACCCCUUUCCGGCCUCCGUGGUUGACAGCCAUGGAAUAUCUUCUUCCGUCGGUUGUGAUCCCCUUGUCACAGAACGACAUGCCAGUACCACACUCACGCGCAGAUCAUUCGGAAACAAAGAGCAUUCGCAAAGGCAAAAAUGGUUUCCAGAUACCGGAGGUUUCUCCAUUCCAUGUACCUGGUUUUAACGGAUCAUACCCUACAUCGGAGAUCGAAAGCCCACUCAUUCCUUGGCUUGUGUACUUAGGGAGAGCGCUUGAUGAAGUAGCUUCCCUCGCCGCUUUAGCUAUUCUUGCUUCGCUUUUCAGAGCUGGUCUUUGUAUGACAGUUGCACGAGAGACAACGUUGGGCUUGCUAGCGGUCCCAGUACUCCUCAACAGCAUCGAGAAGAGCGAUAAUGAAAGCACAGACACGGCCGAGUUUGAGGAUGUUGACAAGUCCAAAGCCUUGACUAGACGUUUCGUACUCGAGCGAGGCCCUGUCAUCCUCGCGCGUCUGAUAACCGAUUGUCAAACCCUACAGAAAGCGGCUUUCGACUGCGACGCUAUCAAGAGACUCACAAGGGUGCUUAAAAACACUUACCGGCCCCUCCCACCGACCCAAGCACAAUAUUGGUCACCCCACGCCGAUGAAAGAAUGGAGGUAGAGAGAGCUUCUCCAGUCUACCGGUUAGGAGAUGACGGUGUCCAUCCUGUUAUGGCUCACCGCGUCCGAACACGCGAAGCCGUCUUCAAGGCGAUCGGCGCGAUCGCUGCGUGCGAGGAGAGCUACAGAAAGGCGCUUGCGGUCGAGGACAUUGUACCGUACAUCGUGGAAUCUCUUUGUGAGUUUCCAGGGAAGCCCCGAAAGGCCCAAGACCACAAGGACAAGAACGUGGCUGGACCGGCUCGUACCAGCCCUGAUCCCGACUAUGGUACCAAUCCAGUUGGUGUAAUUAUUUCAGCUUGCUUCGUGACGAGGGUGCUGUCGAGGUCUGUCCACUCAUCCCGAACUGCUCUGAUUGACAACAACGUCGCGGCGCCUGUUUUGAGUGCUAUGAAGCACCCUGAUAUCAACGUGCAAAUCGCUGCGACUGCAGCCGUCUCAAACCUCGUGGUUUCCGUCAGCCCGUCAAAAGAAUACCUCGCAGAACAUGGACUUAUGAAGUUGCUCUGCGAGCAUGCGCACUCGCCCAACCGUGCCCUUCAGCUCAAUGCUCUUUGGGGGCUGAAGCAUUUCGUGGAUGGAGUUUCAGCUAGUAUGCGAAAAACGUGCCUGGAACAGCUGGAGCCGGGCUGGCUAAUGCAGCUGAUCGGUGGCGAGGAACAGGACGAGAUGAUGCAUGCUUCGAGAAUGGGAGACGACUUGGAUGAAGAAAUGGACGGCGAGCCGCUUGACUCCCGGCCACAGUGGUCUUACGCCUCUGGUGGCUCCAUUCGUGUCUUGAGUGCUUCGGGCUCUCCCCGGCUUCGUGAGAUAGAGGGGUAUCUGUCGCGUGUCCGCGAUGCUGAGAGCAACCCUGUUCCCAAGGCCCUUAACGAUAUCACUGCAGUCCAGGAGCAAGCCCUCGAUUUCAUCAGAAACCUCAUUGGGCGAGUGGAUGGUGGUGAUGGAGCAGACUCGUCCACUGCGAACCCCGAAGUUAUUGACUAUCUAUUCAAGUCAUUGGGACAGGAACACCUCUUUGAUACACUCGCUUCAAAGCUGCGCUCCAGGGUGCUGCGUCCAUUUGCGCGGAGAGCGAGCGGUUCAGGCCGGGAAAGCAAGAUUAUGCACCCUAAUGCACGCAUAGUCGUCGCCGUCAUCUACAGCUUGGCGCACAUCGCAGCAACCGGGCCGCGUUACUGCCAGCUCAUCGUCGCACAGACGGAGCUCCUCGAGCUCUUGGUUCCGCAUGCUAACAGCAAGGACAGCGCCGUACGCCUAGCGCUGUGCCGCUUGCUUUACAACCUCAUCACUAAGGAUAAUGGCACGGAAUCACACGGUUGCGCGCAGCGGGCGGCGGAGCUGAAGCGCCUGGGGUUUGGCAGCCGGGUAGAGGCGAUGAUGAAGCAAGAUAGGGACUUGAAUGUUCGAGAGAACGCCAGGGUAGCAGCCUGGCUCAUUGAAAACCCAGCUGCCUGA